AUGGCUGGAAGCAGAUCCACAGAAUGGAAUGGAAACCACUCCUCUGUGACCAUGUUUGUUCUCAUUGGUCUCUCAGAUGAGAAAGAGCUACAGCUCAUCCUCUUUCCAAUAUUCCUAGGGUUCUACCUAGUAACCUUCAUCUGGAACAUGGGUCUCAUUCUCCUAAUCAAAAUGGACUCCCAUUUGCACACACCCAUGUACUUCUUUCUCAGUUUCUUGUCAUUUAUCGACAUCUGCUAUUCUUCUUGCAUCAGUCCCAGGAUGAUUUCAGACUUCCUUAAAAUUGUAAAAACAAUUUCCUUCAAUGCCUGCGUCACUCAGUAUUUUGUUGCAGCAUGGAUGGGUUUCACUGAGUGCUGCUUGUUGUCCGCCAUGGCUUAUGACUGGUACGUUGCCAUUGGUAGCCCUCUGCAGUACUCAGUCAUCAUGGCUCCUGGUCUCUGUGGAAAGAUGGUUGCUGGGGCAUACUUGGGUGGUUUCCUUUGUAGUUUAUCUCAAACAGUCUCUUGCUUUCAUCUUUACUACUGUGGGCCAAAUAUCAUUCAACAUUUCUUCUGUGAUUUUCCUCAGAUUGUUUCCUUGUCUUGUUCCAAUCCCUUUAUCAGCCAAAUCACUGUUUUACUGGUAAGUAUUUUUAUUGGGUUUGGUUCUUUGCUUAUUAUCCUCUUAUCAUAUUGCUUUAUUGCAGCCUCCAUACUGAAAAUAUCGGCAGGCAAAGGUAUUGCCAAGGCCUUCAAUACCUGUGCCUCUCACCUGACAGUGGUGACACUCUACUACGGCACAGCCUUCUCUGUGUACUUGCAUCCCAAGUCUAGUGACUCUAUAAAGCAGGACAAGGUGUUGUCAGUGUUCUAUGUCAUCAUCAUCCCCAUGUUAAACCCUCUGAUCUAUAGUCUGAGAAACAAAGAGGUCAAAGCAGCUCUCAAAAGACUUAUAAAGAGAGCAAGAGGCUUGCCUCACUUAGAAUAA